AUGCUCGAGACGUGGUGCACCCACGUCUUCUACAAGGGCGAGGUGCCGGAGGCCUUCCGGUCGGAGCUGAAGCCAAUCCUCCCGGGGGACCUGGUGCAGAAGCUCCAUUUCCAGAAUGCCUCGCGCUCCACGGAGUACCAGUGUCUUCUCUACGAGACUUGCCCCAUGGCCAACUGGACCGCCACCCAAGCCUUCGCUGAGUUCCUGGAGGUUAAGUGCGGGGAGAACUGCGGGGAGGACGAACAACGCUGCAUGAUGGUGAGGCAGGGCUACGCCCGGCACCGCGCGCAGCACUACUUGGGCGGGGAGGAGGGCUGCCGGAGUGCCUGCCUCAACUCCUCCCAGGACGUGGCUCAGUGCAACGCAUAUGUCUACGCGCCCAAUGAGCAUGAGGGGACCUGCAAAAUUUAUGGCCCUGAACCUUUCCUGAGGCCCUUCGAAGGUUGGCACACACUGGACGUGAACUACCUGGGCUCGGUCGGGGAGGAAUCCGACCAGCACUGCUUCGUCAGAUCCACCGACCCCUUCCACCAAGGGCACAUCCGGAACCGCCAGAACGCGGGCAGCCCGGGGAUCUUGCUGCGCCUCACGGACCAGACCACCUGCGGGGGCUGUCUCGAGCGGACACUCUUCGAGUG